AUGACAGAAAACAGCGUUGCGAUGAGCUACGAAGAGCUCAAAUGCUACCACCUGCUUGAGACCGUGCCUCGUCUCGACGACGGCUCCGAGGUCUUCCAGCCCACGCUCAAGGAAUUCGAGCUCUACCGCCUCCUCCGCGCACUCAGUGUCGUCGACGCUAAAGCCGCGUCGCCCGGGGGCCAGCUCGGUCACUUCAUCGACGCGUGUCUCAACGGCGUCAAGGAGAAGCCAACGUGUGGUGACGGCGUAGCAAACGCCGACGCCGCGUCGCCCGAGGGCCAGCUGGGCGACGCGGUCCUCUACGACGCCAAGGUGCCAUCAGCAAGAAGUGAUGCCGUCGCGGACGCCGAUGCGGUGCUGUCCGAGGGUCAAAACGCCGACGCGGGCCUCAACACCGGCACGGUGCCGAAGAAGGACGAGAAGGUUGACGCCGACCAGAGUGUCAACAAAGCCACGUUCAACCGCAGCAUCGACGUGGUUGCGUGCUACGGCAAGCAAGCGGCGGUGGAAGCGGACCUGCGCGCGCAAGGCUGGUGGCCCACGAACCUCGAAACGUACUUGCACGCGAGCCACGAAGGCGUGUACGCGAUUCUACUCCCCGAGACGACCGACCGCCCCAAGCUCGUGCUCUUCACGUGGCUCCUCGACGCUUCGUUUUCGCCAAAGUACUUGCGCGAACGGGCGACGUACGCGCUGCGCUUCGUCACGACGCUGACGCCA